AAUUGACUUUACAUACUAACAAGGUUAAGUCAAAUGCAUAAUUCAGUAACGCAACACAUUUGAAGAAGUGUUUAAAACAUGUCGUUACUGAUAUUCCUGUUGUGGUCAGUUUGUCUGGCCCACGUGGAGAGUUUGACAAUCUCUGACUUUUAUCCUUUUGGUGAGGACAGGGGUGAUACUACAAUGGUUAAGAAUGAUGACGGAGGUUCUCCCAAUAUUCCAAUUUCCACUAAAUUCCCUUACUUCAAUCAUCAACACGACAAAUUAAUUGUAAGUACAAAUGGUGCUAUUUCAUUCCUGACCCCUGUGUCACAAUAUACCCCGGAUCCCUUUCCGCUGGAUGGGGACCGAAGACUUAUCACUCCCUUCUGGGCAGAUGUGGAUACUAGGAAAGGAGGAAAUGUGCGGUACAGAGAAACUACAAACCUAGAAAUAUUAGAGAGAGCUUCCAAUGAAAUAAAGUCUAAUCUCCCAGCGUUUUACCGUUUUCGCGCUGCUUGGGUUUUCAUAGCUACAUGGGAUAAUGUGGCCUUUUUUGGAUGUUCCUCUACUGGUUGUUUGAAGAGAAAUACCUUUCAAGCUGUACUGAUGACAAAUGGACAACAUUCUUUUACCAUAUUUAAUUACGCAAACAUUGAAUGGACAACUGGAACAGCAAGCAGUGGGAAUGCAGAUACUGGGCUUGGGGGGAAACCUGCACAGGUUGGUUUUAAUGCUGGUGACGGGAAAGUAUAUUAUGUAGUGAACGGCUCACGUACAAAAGACAUUGUCAAUAUAAACAAAAAGUCCAAUGUACGCAUACCAGGAAAGUUUCUAUUCAGAAUAGAUUCAUCGGAAAUAGGUGGAGGAGGGUGUAAUACAAAAGGCAAUGUCAUCAUAACGCCACGAAGUGGUCCAAUGCUCGGUGGUCAACACCUGACAUUCAGUGGACCAUGUCUAGAAGAAUACACUUCAUUCAAAAUCAAGUUCUCCAACACUAGAUAUACAUUAAUAUGUGAAAUGGACUCACCCUACAGCUUUUAUUGCAUUACACCUCGGUUUAACAGCACUGGUGAUAUCCAAGUAGAUAUCAUAUUGGCUAGUGAAAACAAAACCGAUAUGUUUAUUGGAAACUACACUGUUUUGAAUCCUGCUUUCAGCAAAGUCCUUGUAAAUCGCCAUAACGGAAGCAGCUGGGAAAAUGGUGAACAUAUUAUUUCGUGGAAUGGUAACGUGAAAGAACUUCAAAACAGUAGCACAGUAGAUAUCUACGUUUACUCCAUCAAGGAGGAAAAUGGUGAGAUUAAAUUAAAUCCUUUUAUUGCAAAGACGAAUAUAUUGAACUCAAUCGGUUGGACGACUUUUAGUUUAAAGAUGACUGAGCAGGUUGCCAUUCUACGGGUAACAUCACGUGUGCAGACUGCAUAUAUAAUGCCACAGAGAGGAAUAUGGUCUGACAUGUUCCCAGUCACGCCAUCCAGAACUUACGCUAGCCUUUUUUGUAAAGACUGGAUAAAAAAAGAAGGUUCGUCUCCAAAGUUGAGUGUUGCAGAACCUUGUCCGUGUACUCUCCAACAAGCGCUGUUAGACAUUGUAAAGUACCAGCCUGAUCCUGACUGCAACAUGCUCCACGUGGAAUCAGAGGGGCGGGGCAACUGUCGUUAUAGGCGUGAUGCACAGCAUUGUGUGAGGCUGACAAUACCAAGUGAAGAUGGUACCGAUAAUGUUUGCUGUUUCAAUGAACAUGGAAUCUUAAUAGACUCAAGAUCCCACGAAGGUGGUACACAACAGCGGUAUCACUACCGAGGUGACGACCAUGGGAAUAUACCAUACGUGACAAACUUUUGCAAGGACGUUGUCCCGUUUCUGCAUUGCUGUCGUUUUUCACAGACGUCCGCGAAUGAAAUUAGCAACGAGAAAGAAACAUACAGUCUCUGUCAGGACUUCCUGGCAUUACGGAGAUACAGUUCCUGUGAAAAUUACGACCCUCCUAGACCAGCUAGAACUAGUGGUGACCCUCAUAUCACUACACUAGACGGGCUUAGUUAUACGUUUAAUGGAGCCGGAGAGUUCGUGUACAUAUACACAGAGGAUGAUCUAUUUAAAAGCCAAAUCCGUUUCGAACAGUUCCGAAAAGACGAUGGGUCGCUUGUAAAGGCAACAGUAGCGACAGCCUUAGCGAUGGAGUAUGCUAAUAGCUCUGAUUGCAUAGAAAUUAGACUCAACUCAAUAAGAACAGCUGAUGUCCUCAGAAAUGGAGAACUGCUUGAUUUCCAAGACUCCAGAUGGAUAAACGUGAAAGGUGUAACCAUUAUAUUACUCCCCACUAAAGGGAAUAACACGGACAAGUCAUUUAUGAUCGUGUUUCAAGAGAUCAAAAUUGCAUUCAGCAUUGAAGCCUCGAAAGAUAUCUUAAACGUCAUGCCAGUUGUUCAGGGAAAGGAUCUUAAUGGAACACUGAAAGGAUUACUGGGAAAUUAUGAUGGCAGUCCUUCUAAUGACCUACUUUUUUCAACACAUCAACAAUUGCUGCAAAAUGAAACUGACGAUUCGUUGAUUUUUAAAUUUGGGAUGUCAUGGGCCAUCAAUGAGUCCGAGUCCCUGUUCACAUAUGAACCUGGUAAGAGUUUUGUUGACUAUCGUCAGCCAUCAUUCCUUCCUGUGUUUGAGUCCUCCGUGUCGGUUACAGAGGAAGUGAUGGCGGUGUGUGGAGAAGAUAAAGAUUGUAUCUUUGAUUUCUCUGUCACGGGAUCACGUGACGUAGCGGAGCAAUCCCGAGCAUUCCAGAAACAGUUUCAGGAAUCUCAACAGGCAGCUGUAAUAGUGUUGACAUGCGAUGAUUUGCCAACAAUUCCUGGUGGAGUCUGGGAAACAACCAAUGGGAAUCUCGAAAACUCGUCUGCAUUUUUUGUUUGUAGAGAUGGAUAUACGAUCUCAGAUAGCAUAAGUAAUGUUACAUGCUUGAAUGGGCGUUGGAAACGAUAUGAGAACGUUUCUUGUCAACUGAACAGUCUUCAAACCACUUCGCCUGGUCUCCAGCCUGGCACAGAUAUCCUAAUGUCUCAGAAUGCUAAUUUACCUGCCUACAUAGGAGUCGGGGUUGGAAUUUUCCUACUCACCACAUUUAUCAUAGUUUUUAUCCUAUAUCAAAGGAAUAAAGCAAGGCGCGGUCAGUGGAAAAUCUUUUCUAAUGAAAAUCCCGUGGCUUUCACCAAAAGUGACGAUACGGUGCAAAACAGUGCUGUAGUAACUCAGCUACCAAUGGAACAGAACAAAGAGAAAUAUUAACAUUUAUUGUUAAUUUCUUUUGAAUUGACUAGCCUGAUUUAUACUUGUGUAUGCAAAAAUAUCACUUGAAAUAUCACUUGCUACCAUUGAAAAUUAUUCAUGUGCAUGUGAGGCAUCUGCAUUAUGUUUAGCUGUUUUACAGUGUACCUUAGCAUGCUCUGGUCUUGAUCUGUGAUCGUGUAUUUGAUCUCGAUGUACUACGGAUAUCUGUAUGACUUAACAGACUUGUAGGGAAACUGAGAAUUCAAUUGAACCUAUUUUUAAUCAGUUACUAGUAUACCUAUCUUUAAUUCUUCGUCUUCAGUUCAAGCUAAAUGUGCCCGAUGAUCUUCAAAUCAA